GUCACAAGGUCUACGUGACGUCACAGCUAUACUGCAACAACAUGUCAAACAGAAAGCUUUCAGGUGCGUGAAAAUUUGGUCUCAGAAAAACCAUGUCGUCUCAGAAUCCGACGGAAAGGGAGGCUGACAACACAUGGGAAAACUUGGACGAAGGUGUUAGGAGGGCUGUCAUCUGUCUUAGAGAUUUUGCCAGAAAGGGGGAGAAGGAUUUUCAGUACGUGAUUUCCCUUAGUCCUUCUGAACUGGGUGUUUUCCUGAAAGAAUUCUACCUUCAACUUAGAAACCAAACUGAUGAAGAUGGUGCCUCCGGUGUUGCCAAUUUGCAGCGAAUCAGAGCAGACCUUAGUGAAUACUUUAAAAAGGCAAUAGACGUGGAUAUAACAGUUGGCAACGAUUUUACUGACUGUAACAGAAUUAUUGAUGAGAAUAAUAUUGUUAAAGAUACAGGUGUUAAAAAUACUGUCAUGAAAAAACAUUCAAGGCAACGAACUUUCACUUUUGAAACAAAUGAGCUGCGACAAAUAUAUCUGAGUGACGCUAUGAAUCUCGAUCAGCCGGAGACAUUGCAAAACAAGGUUUUCUUUGACGUUUGCAUGUUCAUUUGUAAUCGCGGAAAAGAUUUUUUAAGACUGAUGACAAAAAAUGACUUUGAGGUGUCCACUGAUCAGAAUGGACGAAGGUAUGUUUGGUUGAAGUACAAUUCCAAGUUCAGCUUUAGUGAAGUGGUUGGUGGAACUACAGCGGAGUCUGUGAAAGGGUCGCAAAUAGGAGAGCGCAUGUAUGAAAGGCCAGGUGAUCCAAAGUGUCCAGUGUUAUCAUAUACGCAGUACGUUAUUCACCUACAUCCAAUGUCAGACGCAUUUUGGCAGCGACCGAAGCGCAGCGUGUUACCCACCGACUUUGUCUGGUAUGAUAACCAAAGUAUUGGCAAUAGUACCCUCAACAAACUGAUGAAUCGAAUAACACAGUCUGCAGGUUUACCGGACAGCUACGCCAUCAACGCGAUCAAAUCAUCAUACAUUCCGAUCAUCGAGUCCAUCUGCCGAUCUGCUCUGUUUGGCAGUCAGCAAUUCAGACGUAUUCUACAUAUGAAACAGGCGCAUCAUGAUCUUCAUUAUGUGCGGAAGCGUCAUUCUGAAGGGUCACUUUCAAUAGCAAAUACAUUACGAGAAAGUCCGAUGUUUCGACCGAGACACUCAGAACCGCAGCUGCCGGUUUAUAACCUUCACCAUGAUACAGACACUCUUGUGAGGAGUAACUCAUCAAGUCCGAUCACUAGGGGUAACAGUUGGGAUUCCGGUUCCCCACACAUGUUUAUGGGUAAAACAGCAGAGAGAUUAGACACAUCACAAGAAGCAGGGUACCAAUCUUACAGGAACUGUGAUUCUGACAUCCCAGGGUACCAGUCUAAAUACAGGGAUACUGGUCAAAAUGGUGGCCAGGAAUUACCAGGACAUGGGAAAUGUGCCGCUACAAAUUUGUCGCAGAAUGAUGAAGAAAAAAAGAAAAUGGAAACAGGUAGUAUUUUGGAAGCAAAGUUGAAGUGUCUUGAUAUAGUACAUAGUUUAGAAGUAAGGGAUAUCAAGUCAUUUAUCAACUGGAUGAAGACAUUUGAGGUGAAACAUGAAUCAUCAGGUCUGAUGGUCACAUGUCAACCUGUAAAUGAUUUGCAGCAGCCACCGCAGCAAAUUGCAAGGUCAAUGGAGCAGAAUGGAGUGAAUGGCUGCGUAGAUAAUCCAGGGAGGGAAAUGGAACGGCAGAGAAAUAAUAGUGGACUGAGUGUUAUGAGUGAGCAAAGAGAAUUUGAAGCUAAAGAUCUGGAAUUUGACUGUAUUGGCGAUACUUUUUGCUGCACUUCAGAUAUAUCACCUCUGAAAAUCACGAUUCCGGCGCAAGAUACAGUUAUAUUGACUGGUUUACAGGCCGAGUCUGAAUUGUUGGUACACAAAAACAAAAUAGAGAACAAGUCUAUUGAUCAAAAAUAUUCUCCUUUGCAUCUACGUGUAUUCAGAUCAAAUGAGAAUUACAGCUUACAAAAUGUGAAAUCUCUGAUGCUAAAGAAGACGUCUGCAGAUGUACAAACAAAUGGCGUCAAUGGUCAGCAGGAUCCGGUUAGAUCCAGUUUUAAAGAAGAAAAAUCGAUUCCAAUGAAAAAGCGAAUAGUUCUUGACCAGAGUGAAGCAAAUCAGUGCAGUCCCAUGUCCAAUUCCCCUCAGUCAUACCAACAAAGUAGGUCCCCACCCUCAAGUUUUUCCUCUCCCAGACACUCCUCCCCAUUAACUUACAUGCCACAACAGCAAGGGUUUUGUCAGAAUGUUUGCCGACCCUCUGGUUUAGUCUCAGGUCAGCAUCCCAUCAUGUCUCAAGCAUCUUCGUAUUCAGUGCCCCCGCAACAAUCCCAUAUGUCAGUAUCCCCAGGUCAUGGACAGUCCCAGGGUCCUAGUCAGCAAGUUUCAGCGGUUCCUAAAUAUCGAGAAAGAUUCCCAGAUGGAUGGGGCUACAUUCCACUGCAAAAAAGACAAAAGUUUGGUUUGCAUUCAAACAAUUCUAAGGAAGAUGUUCCUCUUGAUCUAAUCAAGCAAACUUGAAUGUGCCCUAGGUUACUUUUAAGGUUAACUUGAUUUAUGGUGUAGAUGAGAAAUGCACAAUUUGGGAUUAUUUCAACAGGGACCAUUGCUUAAUACAUAUACGUAAAAAGCAAGUAAAAGGUUGCGAUUAAAAAUCUCUUACUAAAUUCCUCGACCCCUAUAUCAUGUGAGAACAAAUAGAAUUUAGAUUUGUUAUCCAAGUCUGAAACUAUACAAUUAUCAUUUUGUUUCUCCCGGCCUUGACAUACCAUUUCUCUUGAGAUAGUUAACUGUUGAAUUAGUAAGAAACAUAUUUAACUACACGUAGCUGUUUGUCAUGUAAAUUCAAGAUUUAAAUGGGGAGUGUCACAUAUUGAGAAAACAAAUUCAGGUCCAUUGCAGAGAUUUCUUUUUGUAAGUAACAUAAGGGCUAAAGGGAUAUGAGUGGUAGCUGUGACUUUUUAUGAAAAUUUGAGCUGCUAACUCGACAUUGUUUUUGAAUCUGUAUUAACCUUUGACCUAUUGUAACUGAAAUUUAUUUAGACUUUACUGUCGGUAUAAAGCUAGGCUGGCCUGCAGAUUAGUACAGUCUGACCAGGCUCUAUACUGUUGGAAGCUGAAUACAUGUUCUUCUUGUAUUUUAAAAUUGAAAUCCCUUAAAGUUUGCAGUAGUAUCAGUUUCAAAGGUGUGCUAAACAAAUAUGAAACAAAUAGUCCUUAUAACUAUGAGUUAUAUCAAAUUUUUUUCUCUCUGUCAUUAGUUAGUUAUCUUUCGAGUCUUAAUUUCAGUAUUUUUAUAACAUUGUAUCAAUGUUGCUAAAAAUAGAUUUGUUAUUUUUUCUCUAUCAAUGUUGCUAUAAAUAGAUUUUUUUUCUCUAUAAAUGUUGCUAUAAAUAGAUUUGUUAUUUUUUUCUCUAUCAAUGUUGCCAUAAAUAGAUUUGUUAUUUUUCUCCCUUCAAAAUGGAAAUUUGUUUACAUAUUUGAUAGGUGUAUAUAUCUAUAUUUUAGGAGCAUAAAGAAGGUUUAAGUUGUUAGAUAUUGAGAAUACUUUGAAUUAUUGUUCUGCUUAUUUUGCUUUAAUCUUCGAGGUAUGCUUGGAGAUAUCUUAGCUCUAAAACUUUUAUUAUCUUUCAAGAUUUUAGUAAAAAAUUUGUUAUUUUAGUUUCUAUUUACUGUAAUAUAUAUUGUAAUAGAAAACUCUUUACUUUGAAUAAUGUUAACUUUUUUGAGUUUAAAGGAAGUUGUUCAUGAUUGGUUUUUAUUACUUGUUUUUCUGUUUUUCUAAGGUUUUCAUGAUUAUUCAGUUGCAUAGCAACCAUGGUCCAUACUUCUGUUUGUUUACAAUCUGGAUGUCACAAUUUCAACUGGAUCUUUUUGAAACUUAGACUGUAGAUCUUUGUGAAAACUAAUAAGGCUGUGGAUCUUUAUGUUACUUAGUCAGACUGUGGAUCUUUAUGAUAAUUAGUCAGAAUAUGGUUUUGGAUCUUUAUGAUAUUUAGCGAGAUUGUGGAUGAUACUUUGUUAGACUGUAGGUCUGUAUGAUAAUUUGUCAGACAGUGAAUCUUUAUGAUACUUUGUCAGACUGUGGAUCUUUAUGAUACUUUGUCAGCCUGUGGAUCUUUAUGAUACUUUAUCAGACUGUAGAUCUUUAUGAUACUUUGUCAGGUUGUAGAUCUUUAUGAUAAUUUAUCAGACAGUGAAUCUUUAUGAUACUUUGUCAGCCUGUAGAUCUUUAUGGUACUUUGUCAGACUGUGGAUCUUUAUGUGACUUUGUCAGCCUGUGGAUCUUUAUGUGACUUUGCCAAACUGUUUGUGUCAAUCUUAUGCCAAUCUUAUCUUGGACAUGAAAAUAUUCCAUCUAGGUGUCAACAACUAAAAAUGGAUUUUGCCUUUAUAAACUGUCACUGUCUCCACUCAGGUGAGGUAAAUGACAAACGGGUCAUCCUGACCCCCAAUGUUUAAUUCUGUAAACAGUUAGCUUAAAGGUAGUUUUUUUUUCAAAAUUGUUUUUUUUAGGUGUGUAUUAUUUUUAUAUUUAAUUGAAGUUUACUUUCAAAAUGUGCUCCAGUCUUAUUGGGCUUAAUAUUUUUUUUUUUGACCAUUUCUUAAAAACAUGUGUAGAUUAAUGUAAUUGAAUGGCAUUUUAGCUUUUGCUAUAUACAUGUAGUAUAUGUUUGUUAUAUCUUUCCCUUCACAGAAAUCCUUAUACUUUUUUUUUUCCUUUUCAUGUACCCGUAAUAAUUCUUUUUAAGUGAGAUUACUUUCAAGCAGUUGGAUGUUGUUGAAAGUUUUUUUUGUAUGUAGAUAUUUCUAUCUGCUGUAAAUGUAGCUGUUCUUUUGUAAAUAAGAUAUACCAUUAGUUUUUAUACGUGUUUCUUUGCAAAUUGUCUUUCAACUAACAAAUUGUAAGUGAUAUAUAUACGAAUGUAAAUAGAUAUUCGACAUACAUUGUACAUUUUUUUUUGAAGUUUUCCGGUAAAACUUGUUUGCCAAAAAAACACACAUAACAUUUUUUUUGUAUAUUUCAUGUUGAAAUCAUGUUUUUAAUCUUUAUCAGAAUCAUUUUCUCAUGACUGAUCAUUUUUGUUACGAGGAUAGUGUGUGUGCCGUGAAAUCUUCCGCAUUAAUAACGAGCAAUAGAAUUCGGCAUUGUAGUAGCUACUAACUGUGAUUUCUUAGUGCGGAAGAUUUCACUACAUAGCCAAAUUUUAAAUGUUUUUUCAUACUAUAUCUGUAUAACUUUUGUGUACUCUUCAUUUUGAAGAGUAUUUUAUGGUUCAUGUAUUGUUUACAUUUUGUAGGAUUUGACAAAGGUAUUGUAUCUUAGAGAAAAUGCCCGAACCAGUUUAGUUCUAAAGCGGCCUUCAGCAUUUCUAAAGGUUAGAUAUGUUAUUGUUAUUUUUAGAUAAAUAGUUUCAUGUAAUUGUCAAAUCAAAAGUAUUAAGGAGUAAAAUGAAAUUUGUCAUCGUAUAUGUAAAUUAUUAAAGCAGGAGAUUCGUUUCCAAAUUUUCUAUUUUUAGAAACAAAUGUUAAUGCAAGCUAUAAAUAGCUCACAGGGCACUGUUUUGGAGAAGGCUUACAGAGAUAUGAUGCACUUUUCUUGGGUAAUAUUACUGAAAUACUUAGUUUGAAACAGCACAGAAUUGUUUUUCCAACUAUAAAUAAAAGCUGAAGGCCCCUUAAAAUGUAGGUAUCAUUCUUAAUUUUUAAAAAUUUUUUUGGACGAGUACUCAAAGAAGAACUAUUGGUUGAUCUGAUUGUUCUACCCCACUUUUUUACUGAAUUAAAUUAGGUAUGGAUUGGACCCUUUGAAUACAUGUUUGUAAACAUCACCUCCCUCCUUUUGUAGAAAAGAGAACUUAUGUCUUGUUCUGAUUUUGGCAUAACGAUUGAUGGUCUAAGAAUUUUUGCUAGGGUUUUUAUUAUCACUUUAUCUUCUCUCUAGAUACUUUCAGAUUUUGCAUUAAAACUUUAAAUACAUUUUUUAUUUGUGCCAAAAGUACAUAAAUCUUUUUUUUUUUUUACAACUUAUUCAAAGAUAAUUAUCCAUGGCUUUCUGUGAAAAGUUGUAUAUAUUGCCCUGGUUUGAUGAAGAAGUGUGUCAAUGGAGAACAUUCUAGACACUAAGAUUUUGUAUUUAAACUUUAAAUUCAUUUUUUUUGUGCCAAAAGUACAUAAAUCUUUUUUUUUUUUUUUACAACUUAUUCAAAGAUAAUUAUCCAUGGCUUUCUGUGGAAAGUUGUAUAAGUGCUCUGGUUUGAUGAAGAAGUGUGUCAACAGAGAUCACAAUAGACUUGAGAUCCAAAUUUUUUUAAUCUUUUUGUAAAAAAAAAAAAUUAAAAAAAUACAACAUACGGGGCUGAGAUAGUUUGUGUUAGGACUUAAAAUGUUAAAACGGCCUUCAAAAGCUCUUCUAAAUGUUAAACAUGUUGUUUUAAGAUAAAUGGUUUCAUAUAAUUGUCAGAUCAAAAAGAAUUAAGGUAUAAAAUGAAAUUUGUUGUCAAUAAAAUACAUAAUGAGGAAACCCCUUGAUACAUCUAAUCUACUGGUUCACUCUCUAUAUGUAAAUUAGUUAAGUGGAUGAUUGGUUUCCCAAUCUUCUAUUUUUAGAAACGAACGUCACUGCACACUUUAGGUAACUCUCGGGGUGCUGUUUUUAAGAUGGCUUAACAGUGUUAUAUAACACUUUUCCCUGGUAAUAUUACUGAAAUACUUAGUUUGAAACAGCACCGAAUUGUCUUACCAACAAAAAAUAAAAGGUGAAGGUCGCUUUAAAGACAUUGCAGACGUGACUUUUUUAGGUAAGAUUGACUUUCCCAUUGCUUCUCCUAUAUAAAAAGACACUAUAGUGCUAAUAUUCUCAAACUCAGUUUUUGAAAAUCAUUCCUGUAAACAUUUAUCUACACAAACAAAAGCGCACAAUCUUCUUGUCAUGUCAUUGACAUUUUUUACAGCAAUUCAUUUACAGUUUACCCUGGCAUUUUCCUUCCUCUAUUUUCAAUCACUUUUAUUGAUUAUCAAGGUUUUUAAGGGAAUGUUGUAAUAAAGAAAAAAAAGAUUGGCUGUUCAUCCUUUAACAUAAGUUAAUUUAUUGUGAAAGGUUAUUGCAUACAAACUUUUACAUCAGUAAAGGGAAAGGCUGGACCCCCUGUUUAACAUCUUUAGGAUAUGAACUUCUUAUGUUUCUCACUUCACAGAUUCAAAUGAUUAUAAAACCUAUGAAAAAAUAACCGACAGCCGGGAGGGAUCUACCCUCCACUGUGUUGGAAAAAUAAAAUUGGCCAGUGCAAACCCUGGAAAAAAAAAACAGUCUUGUGAAUGCAUUUUUUUGUAAAUUUCUCUCCCCAAAAUAAUAAUCUGAUCUAGCUGGAGUGAUGAAAUUCAGUAGACUGAAACAGAAUUUACAACAAUGUACUCUUUUAAGUUAGAGACCUUAGUGUCACUUAAUCAAUUCUUCAAUGGAUGGACUUAUAAUAUGUUAAUGUUACAUUUUACCUAAUAAAUAUACCAAGUGUCUCAAUAAUUGGUAUUACAUUCAUUAAGAUUUUUUUCUUUUUUGAUUUUGACUGUAUUUUUGUAAAGCAUUCAGGAUUGGUUUUUGUUUUCAGAGUACUGGAAACAUUUUACAUUAGGAUUGGCGUAAAUGCUAAUUUGAUAAUUGUGGGAUUGGGGGUUCAGUACUCUAUAUGUUUUUAACAUGUUCUUAUCUUGGUUUUCUUUGAUAUGAUAUGAAAAAAGUCAAAUCUUGAAAAAUACACUCUUUAAAAGCAGCAAAGGCAUGAUUGAUGUAGCAAUGUUUUGCAUUGUGCACUGGGGUUCCAUCAAGUUUUGUCCAGUUCAUAUUUUUUCACUUCAAAAUUGGCAUCAUGCUAAAUACUAGUUUUCUUAACUUUUAAGGAGCCAUUACCUAUAAUCUGAUACAUAUAUUUAUAGCUUUUUGGUAUAUAAGUAUCCUGCAGGAAGCUGAUUCAUUUUACAAGGUCAAGGUCACCAUACCUAUAAAUAGAUAUUCUACAUUUCCCUCUUAGAGCCUCCAUACUUUUUUUGCUAAAAUCUUACAUAUUUGGUAUUUGCUUAGACCUCUAUUGCUGUCAAUACAAAAAAAGGUCAAAGUCUAAAAAUAGAUUUUUGUGCUUAAUUUCAUACAUAGAGUAAUGGUCACCCAAAGAUAAAGCGGAAGUAAUGGCAGAUUUCAUUCAGGUGAACAAUAAAACAGCCACCAUUGUUACAUAGUGCUUAAAUCUUGUUGGUCUAACUUGGUAAAAUACUGUAGAUUAUUAAGAUUGGUUGGUGGCUGAUCAAGUUGGUUAGUGUGUGAAUACUGGAAUAAAUAUUGUGAUAUAACUCUUAAAAUAAUAGGUAAAGUUUGAUAUACAAUGUAUAAAUUACUUGGAAAUAUUUGUUAUAAAUGAAGCUAAUUCUGUUACUGGUAUAUAGAAUAGAUGCACUAGUACAUAUUAAUCAUAAUAUCAAGAUGAGGUCCUUGUAAAGUUGAAUAAACCAUAUUUCAGUGCAGGUGAAUGAUCUUCUUUAUAAUAUAAAAAGGAUGGAGUUAAGUCUGAAAGUUGCUAAUGAAAGAUUGUGAAAAUGAAGGAAUGUAACUUGAUUGUCAAUUCCCUACGAAAACAAUUUAUUUACGAGGUGGCCAUUGCUAUUUAUCUUCUUUUUCGUAGGCUUGAUAAAAUAUUGUCUGUGUUUUAAUGUUACGUCAAAACAAAGACAUGAUGUAAGCUAUCGGAGAAGUGUAUAAAACUGUAGAGCCUCUCCUCCAAAUUCUGCGCCCUCCUUGCUAGGGUUGUUGAGGGCAUUAAUUCCAGUGCUACGGUGUUAAGUCAGUGAAAGGUGGGUGUUAAAGCCUAGUGGGUGUAAGGGGUGUAUCUCUAGUAAACACUUUACAUUAUUAUUAUCUCUAGUAAACAAACAAAAUCAAACUAAGACUGCAAUUUUGAUUUCUUCUUUUUAAUUCUCAUUGCUCUAGAAUUAUCUCCCUUUAUAUAGCGGACAAGGCGCUUGAAUGAUCUGAUAGCAAACAGCAUGGAUCCUGAUCAGACUGCGCGGAUGCGCAGGCUGGUCUGGAUCCAUGCUGGUCGCAAACCCAUUACGUUGGUUUUGUCAUGACGCGGCUCAUCUAUUACAUGUACCUGCAUACAUGUACACACAAUCUAGUUUUAAAUUAUGCCCUUGUAUUUUUAUGACAUAAAAUUAUAGUAAUAUGUUGUUACAGGGAAGAGACAAAUUUAUAAAAUCUUCUCUGUAACUGAUUUAAAAAAAGUUUGAUGUUACAAACUUGUGUUUACGAUAUUCCCUAUAUAUUUGUACAAUGAAAAUGAUAAUUCAAACUAUACAUGUUAAAUUUUUCUUUUAUUUUAUCUUAUCAUACUUGGGGAGCAUUUUGUAAUAUUGUUAUAAAGUUUUUUCUGGCGGAAACAUGUUUCAUUGUACUAUAAUUAUAAUAAUUGUUAGAUUUUUUUAUGAUUUUUUUUGGUGUUUUAAAUUCUAGAAUUACCAUAUACCUCAUUAUAUGUUUGAAUGAAUAUGUAUGAAUGAAUAUAUUCAUGUAGAGAUAGAAUUUACAUAUGUGUUAAUAAUAUUCAUGUAAAGGUAGAAAUUACAUAUGUAUUAAUAUAUUCAUGUAAAGAUAGAAUUUACAUAAUGUAUUGAUAUAUUCAUGUAAAAAUGGAAUUUACAUUAUGUGUCAAUAUAUUCAUGUAAAGAUAAUAAGUGCUUAAAUGGUCAUGUUUUGUACACAUAAGCUGCGUUUGUUAUAAUGUAUGUACAAAGCCUUUCGUAAAUCAUUUGAUCGUGUAUAUUUUGUUACUUUAUUAUAUUUUCAUGUGUAAACUACAGUUGACUAUUCAUCGCGGUCUAGUUUUAAAUGAUGUUAUUUUAGGAAAGAAUUAGUAUUGAAAUUGUACAUGGAUGCACCUUAAAGGGACACUUUUUCUGUGGUUAUUGUACCAUUUGCAUGUCCGUCCAUUCAUCUAAUUUAUUUUUUGUCUCUGACCAGGUUAUCAGUGAAAUCUAUCUGCAGUUAAUAAUAUCCAUCACAUUUAGCAAACAGGCAGUAAGGUAUUGUGACUAGAUUAAUCUCAAUUCAGGAAUAAACCUAUAUAGUUUUUUAGUUUUUUCAUGUUUGUAAAACACAGUGCCUAUAUACCGGGACCGACUUUUGUAUUGAUUUUCUGCCCCAUGCAGAUCACAAAGUGUCACAUGGUAUAGGCACAUUGAAAAAUAUCUAGAUGGAAAAAAGACACUCAUACUUAAAGUGACUUGGAGAAAAAUUAGCAUGGAAAAGCCAUUUGAAGCAAAAUUCAUAAGGGGAAAAAAAAUAUGUAAUGUCAGUUGUUUUUCAUAUUUAUUUACUUAGAUUACAUAUUACAUGUAUUUGUUUCAAUAUUUUUUGCAUCGUUUGCAACAAUACUUAUCAUACAGAUCAUUUUUGUCAUUUUUUGGUAUUUUUUAGAGAAAUGGAGUAGUUAUUUUUAGAUUUAUAAUAAUGCCUCUAUUGAUUUGCAGGGGUUAAGUGAGGGAUGGGGUGAAGAAGGAUAGGCGUCUAAUUGUAAGCAAUUAAGAAUAUAAAGAGUGAUAAUUUUAACAUACAUUGUAAUGAAAGAUUAUCAUAAAUUUACUCCUAGAAUCUAUGAAGGUUUGCAUUCAUUUAAGCUGGGACAUAGUAUAAGAGGACAGGCAGCUGAAGAUUAGCACCAUAUUAUCUCUUCGUCGGAUCAAGACACUCGCCAUCAUUUAUCUUCUCAAACUUUGUAAAAAAAAGUAUUUUUUUGUCCCAAUAUAAAUAAGUGAAAAACAAGCCAACAGUAGUAAGAUUUUAACAGAUGUUUAGUAUUAAAAUGGUCUUUACAUGAUUCAAUGAAAAUUCACCAAUGUAAUUUUUCAAAAUACGCAUAACAUUAAUAUAUGAAUUUAACGCAACUUUCAUCGCUAGAUCGGUUGUCAAUUGGACGCCAACUUAAGACUGCUUUUCUAGUAGAUAAUUGUUUGUCUGGUUAUAUUAUGUCCUAGUUAUGGUUAUAUUAUGUCCCAGUUUUUACAGCAAAACUUCUAUAGAUAAAUAGGAAUUGAUGGUAUGGUAUGUCUUAUGUUUUUUAAUGAAAUACGUUAAUUAGAUAAGACAGUUAAGUCAGCCUGAGUGGAACUUUAAAACCAGAAUUUUUUCAUUGGAAAAGAAAAUAAAAUAUUUUUGGAAUAGCAAAUGUUUAAGUGCUAACAACUUUUACAAUGGAAAAGAAAAUCAAGUUUAAACAUAGAAAAAUCAUUAAGUGCUUACAGAACAGAUGAUCAGAUGAACUGGUUUAUAUGUACAUGUAUAUAUCAUUGUGUAUAUGCUAUUUAAUAAUCUAUAGCGAAACAAUUGAUGUAGUUUGAUGUUGGGGAUGAAUACAAUAUUUGCCGUGUCGGCAUUUUUUGUUUGUUUUUACAAUGUACAUAGUUUUGGUAUUAAGGUAGAGAUCUAUCACACUGUAUAUAGUUUUUAUUUUCUGCUAUCAAUAUUUUUGUAAAGAGAAUUUUGUAAAUAUCUGUUGUUUAACUGUACAUCAGUAUUAUGUAAAAAAAAAUGUCAUACUCAAAAAAUCGUUUGAAUUGAACUGACCAUUGUUUUGGUUUUGUUGUUUUUGUACAGUGAAUUUAUUUGACAUUUAGAUUUAUAUAUGAAUAUCAUUAUCAUGUACAUUUUGUAACACUGUUGUCUGUUUUUAUGUAUCAUUAUGUUUAAUUUUUUUUAGUUAUUUUUUUAUUUUUUUUUUUAAAGCUCACCUGAGGUAAUAUAUAUCGGUGAUAAGCCUAUGUCUGUCACCUAUCAUCUGCUUGUCAACUUUGUCAGCAUCUCAUAUAAUACACAAAGUUUCUAGUGAUGAAGCGUUACAAAAAAGAUCAUUAGAUGAACGUUUAGAAAAAUCACUAAAAUUGUUUUCAGUCAUUUGAGCAAAAAAGUCGCCAGAGCUAAAAUAUAUAUUAAAAAAACCCACCUUGGAAUGACAUCUCCUUUACUGUUUUACAGAUUUUGGUCAUAUAUUCUAGAGCAGUGAUCUUUGGGUUGUACUGUGCUAAAUUAGUUACAAUAGUUCUGGCCUGCUUAAAAAGAUGUUGGCCAUUGCAGAUUUUGACCAGACAUUAUAGAAAUAUUCUUUGGGUAUAGUUAAUUUACAUGAAACAUUAUAUUUAUCAAAAUAAAACAUUACAUCAAUUAAAAUAACACAUUAAAGCAAAUCAAUUUGGUCUGUUGCACAAUAAGGAUAGAAGAGCUAAAUAUAGUAACAGCCUGGUUUCCCCCAGGUGAGCAAUCCAGGGCCGUCUCGGCUCUCUUGUUGUUGUUUUUUUCUUUCUUUAAUGAUGACUGUAUACAAUACAAUUAUUGUAAGCAAUUCUUCACUUUGUUUAUCUAUAAUAAUUUUUUCUUUGUGAGUAAAUAGAAUUUUAAGAUGUUAUCAUAAAGUGCUAAGAAUUAUGGCAUAGAUUGUUAAAUGUUAAUUUUUUUACUAUUUAUUUUACAAAAAAAAUUAUGUAUCAUUCUUGUAAAUUCAUUUUUGGAAAAGUGCUAAGGAUUUUAGAUUUGGUACACAGUCAGGUGUACACUUUACAUAAAAUUCCAUUUAGUACUCCCACCUAAACUCUUGCACCAUUCAUGACCAGGCUUGCACUGUUUUUCUUCAACUGAUUAUUAAUGGCUGCAUUCCUGUAAUGCCGAAAUUAUUUAUAGUCUUUAAGUGCUUUUAAUAGAAGGAAUAAGGAUAUUAGAGGUUAUCCAGUACUAGGCAAAUGUGGGUUUUCCCCCUCCUAAUCUAAGGGUACAAGCAGACAAAUUUUUACCACUUUAUAAUAAACUAAGCUUCAUGGUGCACUACUGUCACAAUAGAGUGGUCAACAUGUUGCACUUAUGACAUUGUAUCAAUAUAUUUUCUAAUGUUGUAAUUGUAAUGUUGUUAUUACUCCAGAUUCAGGCGAGGAAAAAGCCUCAUUGUCUGAGUUCCAGAGUAUCUCUAAUGUGUCAUAUUAUCUAAAAAUAUUUAUUAACUAGACAGAGGAUUUUAUACAGAAAUUUUUAUGAAUUUUUAUGUGUCAAAAUAAAAAGUGCUUGUAAAUGAUGAAUGAAUUUGAAUAAUUCAAUAUAUAGUUAAACAGAAAAUACCUUUUUCUAUAUAUAAAUACUUUUGUAUUAUUAUGCCAGAAAUUAAAAACUUUACUAUGAUAAACAGUUAUACAUAAAUGAGCCGCGUCACGACAAAACCAACAUAGUGCGUUUGCAACCAGCAUGGAUCCAGACCAGCCUGCGCAUCCGCGCAGUCUGAUCAGGAUCCAUGCUGUUCGCUAUCAGGUUCUCUACUUGUAGUAGGGUUUGUAAACGAACAGCAUGGAUCCUGAUCAGACUGCACGGAUGCGCAGGCUGGUCUGGAUCCAUGUUGGUCGCAAAGCCAUUAUGUUGGUUUUGUCAUGACGCGGCUCAAAUGAUUCAUGUGUAACACAGAUAGUUUGGCUAAUAAGUGAAUCAAGUUCAUAUUUUUAUGAUCAGUUUUAUGUGUCCUAGAUAAAAGUUUUAAAGUGGCAUGCCUCCAGAUGAGAAAAAUAAAGUUUCAAAAUCUAAGAAAAUCAAAUCAAAUGUUCGAGAUUGGAAUUCAUAACCUCGGUGAUGUUUUAAAUGUUUUAUACCAAAUUUGACUUGCUGUAUUUCACAUCAUAUAUCUACUUUAUUACUUGCAGAGUUACUGGUAGUGCUUUUCCUUCAUAUUUUGACAUGUAUUAAUGUAUUUCUUACGGUAGGCCGAUUCACAUAAAUUGUACAUACAAAAAACAAAUUAACUUAGAAGAAAUGUUUUUGAAUUUUAUUAUAAAACUUUGCUUAUUUAAUAACAAAUUUUGUGUAGUAGUUUGCAUGAACUGAGACUUUUUUUAUCGAUAUUGGAUUGUAACUAUUGUAGAUUGCAACAAUUUUGCAAUUGGGUUUGUAGAUUUGCAACAAUUUUGCAAUUUGGUUUGAAGAUUGCAUUAUCUGAGCAUUUUGAAUCAGUAUCUUAUUGAAAUAAUAAUUUGGCAAUCUAGUUUGAAGAUAGCAACAAUUUUGUUUUGUCAAUUGCAACAAUUUGGCAAUUUGUUGUAUACAUUAUAAACUACAUUUAACUAUGUCAGUUACACCUAUUAAUUGUGCCAAAUAUACUGACAAACUAGGGUAGAACUUACAUUGCCACAACCACUUGUAUUUAAUAACAUUUUUUACUGCAAUGUAUUUUUUAUUGAUUACAAAACAACAACAACAACUUCUUUCCUAACUGCAUGUCUUAAUUUUCUCCAGAAUUUCCAAGUUUGAGAUUUCUUGCAUCAUUUUUAUGUCCUAUAUAAACAGGAUUUAAUUUUUCACACAAAAUUUGUUUCUAUCUGUAAUGAUUCAUUAAUGUUGUACAUCACCUACUUCAUCUGUUCUUUUAAAUUAAUUUGAAAUCCACUACUGCUUCAUGUAGCUUACCAAAGAUGCCAUCUUUUUUUAUUCUGUCUGAAUGUAAUUACAUACAGCAGGUUUUUUUAUGUUUGUACAAAAAAGUUCAUGCUUUCUUCUGCCCAUAUUUCAUUUUCACUGACCAAUUGAAAAUUUAUACAUGUAUAGUAAGGUUUUUCAACGCCUUAUAUUUGUUUUUUUGAGAUAUUUUACAGAUUUGUUUUGGGUGUUUUUGCAAAUAUUAAAACCAUACUUUGAUACAUAAGGUGAAAUAUAGAAUUUGAGAAAACACUUCUAAACAUGAGAUAUAUAAACAUUAGUUAAUGUAAUGACUUAGAGAUUUUGCAACAACAUUGAUAUUUUGAUUAUUACUAACACUAAGAAUAAAUUUAAGCACAAUUGCUUAAUUUUAAAACUUUUUGUAUAUAUUUAACUAAAUAGUUUUGGAAUAUAUUUAUUUAUUUGGAUAGUAUCAAGUAGGUACAUAGUGCUUGAUUUCUUUCAGAACAAAGGGAGGUAAUCAGAAAUAUUUGACAUAUAUUUUAUGUCAAGAGUUGUCUUUCUUCUAUGUUCAACAGUGGCUCUCUUCAAUUAAGCCUGUGUUAUUGGCUUUCUUUCUCUUUUUAACAUUUGAAAUAUUUAUUAAUAUUAAUUAUUUAUGUCAAAUAUGAUAUGUAUUAUAAUUAUUCAGAUACUUACAUUGAAUCAGCAUGGACCAAUCCUAUCUUUAUGAAGUCCUUUAAUAUAGUAACUAUCAAUGUAUAUUUGAUACCAAUGUUAUCUUAAUUUGUUCACAGACAACAUGGCUAGUACUUGUAUUUCAUUGGACAAUUAUUUUUGUUUCUGUUUCAGAGUAUUUUGUUGUUGUUCUUGUUUUUUUAAGUUCUUGUUAGACAUUGUGAUCAUAAUGAAAAUAAAUCUUCUAUAUUGUUAAGUGAGCCCAGUGAAAAAUGUCUUUUGGUGCCUUUGUUAAGCAUUGACAUUAAAACUUGUUAAAAUUA